AUGGCACCGGUUCCUGUUCAUCAACAAGGUCGUGAACGACGCUGGAUCAUGGGAUACACCAGUAAACGCCGUGCGACUGUCGACGCGGUGAAGAUGGACCAAGUCACAGGCCCGAACAUCUUCACCCCACUGCGCGGACUCCUCAAAGUCCUGAAACGAUCGUCGGGGCUACGAAAUACGGUAGACAUGCGCGAUCCGGAAGACCCUUCGCAGACCUAUCGCACAUCAUAUCCCGUUACAGCCCUAGACGAUCCUCAUCAGAGCAUGCCAGUUGACAUCAAAGCUGCGAUUCGUGAAGGGCUUCGAGAAAAUUUUCCCGCUCUGGCUGAUCGACCACUUGCCAGAACCCAGAUCUGCUGGUACGUAGUUUGUACCUCGCCUAUAAUCUUGGCUUUCAAACCAAGAGUUUUGACUCGUCGCAAGUUCGAACAAACAACCACCAGUGACUUCCUAAUCUGCCCACGUCCCCGAUUCUCACCUCGCCACAGGCCGUUCCCUGCACAACUGGAAAUUCCUCCCUCUAUUUGGCGAGGUUGUCAUCGAAUCUAUGACCGGCACGCGACCAGCGCUCGUACAGAAGUAGGAUCAAAGAAGGGUGAUAUCGGGCCGUAUUGA